AGCUGGAGAAUGCAUUCGGUAGGUCGAAUCUCACACUUCUCAUCCAGCAGCUUCCAUACCUGUCUUCGCCCAUAUCUUUCUUCACGACUCUCUUCUACCUCCUUGAGAGCAACAACCAUGGCAAACACCAGCGCCCCCGCCCCUCCAACAGAGGAACAGCCUUGGCACGCCGCGUUCCCAUCUCCCAAGUCGGUAGCGACGCCUGUGUCGCGGGAGCAGAUGCGUUCUUGGUUGACCGAGGGCAAGGUGCCUGGGAAGGACUUUGUGCUUGUUGACCUGCGGAGGAACGAUUAUAAGGGCGGAACGAUACGUGGAUCCAUCAACCUCCCAGCGCAAUCCCUCUACCCCAACAUUCCGCAACUGUUCAACCUAUUCUCCGCGGCGGGGGUCAAGACGAUCGUUUGGUAUUGUGGUUCGUCGGUCGGCCGUGGAGGACGUGCAGCGGGGUGGUUCCAGGAUUAUAUUAAGGAGCAGGGUAAGGAGAGUGAAAUGGAGAGCUCUACGCUUACAGGCGGGAUCAAGGGAUGGGUUGCUGCGGGCGAGGAGUAUGUGGCGUUGGUUGACGGGUAUGAGAGUUCUGAGUGGAGUGCAUAGUUAUAUCUCUUGAUGUCUAUGUAGGUCGCAAGAAUGCCCUAUAACGCGAAUAGUUCCAUCUUUAUCCUGAUGUAAUCGGCGAUGCGAAUGUCCCAGCUCCGUAAGCUCAAUAGUUAUAGACAAUUCCAAUUAUCCACUGUAG